AUGAAGAGCAUUAUCCUAUCAGGCCUAAUUCUUGGCGCUCUCGGCUUCCCUGCCGACAGCCCCGACGUCGUACACGAGAAGCGUACCUCGCCUCGCCAGCACUAUGCCCGUGGCGAGCCUGCCGAUGCUGAAACGAAGCUGCCUGUGCAGUUUGCUCUGAAGCAGAGCAACAUUGAAGAGGGCACUCAACGCCUCUACGACAUCUCGAAUCCCAAGUCGCCCAACUAUGGCAAGCACAUGACAGCCCAGGAAGCCAUCAACUACUUUGCCGCGGAUGAUGUGACCAUCCAGACUGUCACCGACUGGCUCGUCAAGGCUGGUGUCCCUCACAAGGACAUUAUCCUUGACAGGACCCGCACCGUCAUCCAUGUUGAGUCCACGGUCCAAAAAAUGGAAAAGGUCCUCCAGACAAGAUACCAUCUCUACCAGAGUAAAAUCACCGGCCGAGACCAUAUUGGUGUCGAGGAUUAUCGCCUGCCCAGGGAUAUCGCCGACUUUGUGGACUUUGUGUUCCCUGCUGUCAGCCUCGGCCAAUUGCACCGCCGUGAUGGCAUUGCGCCGAUCAAGGGCGCUGCCGACAAAUGGGCCGUCAAGGAGCCCAUCCGAGCCCUCGAAGAAGAUGUGGUCGAGAAACUAGUCUCCAACCAAUCGGAAAUCGGUUGUGACCAAAUCAUCACUCCCAAGUGCAUUCGGGACAUUUACAACAUUACUCUAGAGAACAACCCCGAAUACGUCAACUACCUUGGCAUUUGGGAGACUGGAGACACAUUCGAUCAGGAAGAUCUCGACCUCUUCUUGGGCAACUUUGCCCCCAACGUGCCAAAGGGAAGAAAGCCCCAGCUGGCCCUCAUCAACGGCGCGACCGCUCCUGUCCGUCAAGAGGACGGUGGCGGCGAGUCGCUUUUGGACCUGGAAAUUGCCUAUCCCCUCAUCCAGCCCCAAAACAUCAUCAUCUUCCAGAACAAGCCUAUUCGCAAUGCCUUUAGCCAGUUCUUUGCCGACUGGGCGAGCGCAGUCGACAAGGACUUUUGCAAGGAGGACCCCAACUUUGACCGCAGACUCAUGUGCGGCAAGUACCAGCCGUCCAACGUCCUGUCCGUUUCCUACGGCGACGCCGAGAUGGACGAGCCCAUUGCUGUUGUCGAGUUUCUGCAGCGUGUCUGCAACGAAUUCUUGAAGCUUGGCAAUGUCGGUGUCAGCGUCGUCGUCUCCAGCGGUGAUACUGGUGUUGCCAGCCGUCAGAACGAGUGCGCUGGCCCUCACCACGACAUCUUUACCCCGUCCUUCUUGUCUGUCUGCCCUUUUGUCACUUCGGUUGGCUCCACCGUUCUUCCCCCGGGCAGAAGUGUUGGCGAGGCCGAAGUCGUCACCACGUCCUUUUCACCUGGCGGAGGCUUCUCCAACUAUUUCGCCCGUCCCAGCUACCAGGAGGAAGUUGUCAAGAACUAUCUGCUUCAUCACAAUCCAAACUACUUUUCUUACGAGACUGUCAACGGUACCAUACCGAGCGACACUCGCGGCAUCUACAACCGCGCCGGCAGAGCGUACCCUGAUGUCGCUGCCCUCGGCGACAACGGCCUCGUUGUUGCUCAAGGGAGAUACGGUCUCAGCGGCGGUACCUCCAUGUCGUCUCCCAUUAUUGCUGCCAUCUUCAACCGCAUCAACGACGUGCGCAGGUCUGCGGGCAAAGGCCCCAUUGGUUUUGCCAACCCUGCUCUAUACAAUGCUGUUGGGAAUAAGAAUUUCUACCACGAUAUUACCGAGGGCAACCAGGCGCUGGGCGGGAUUUUCAGCGAUCGUGGCUUGAGCGCUUGUGGCAAUAUUGGCUUCAGUGCUGCCCCGGGUUGGGAUCCCGUUUCUGGCCUUGGUACUCCCAACUAUCACGAGUGGCUGACGUAUUUCCUUGAGCUGUAA